AUGACCAGCCGCGAUGGAGGCUUCAGAAUGAUUUCUGCAACACCAAAGGGAAGUCAGGUGACCAAAAAGGAGAUCACAGUUGUGAUCUUACUUGCUUUCUAUCUAAUAUACACCAAACUUGUUUCUGAGAGAAACUACCCUCCAGGUCCCACGCCACUGCCGCUGUUUGGCAAUUUGCUACAGUUGAAUCGUCAGCCGCUACACAUUGCACUCUAUGAGCUGUCCAAGAAGUAUGGCCCAGUAUUCACUGUCCAUUUGGGGCCCAAAAAGACAGUGGUGCUGGCAGGUUACAAGACGAUCAAGCAAGCUCUGCUGAAUGUUGAUGCCUUUUCAGACAAAGAAAUACUUCCAAUUAUUAGUGACUUAAAAUUAACUCAUGGAAUUGUUUUUGCCAGUGGAGAUUCAUGGAGAGAGAUGAGGCAUUUUGCAUUAACAAACUUAAAAGAGUUUGGAAUGGGAAAGACGGCAAUCGAAGAAAAAAUCAUAGAGGAGUCUGAGUGCCUGAUUGAAGUAUUGGAAGAAAAAAAAG